UAUUCUACGCGGGGCCACGUCUCUAUUCUAGCAUUCACUGCAGUCUGCAGAUUUACUGUAUUCACUUUUUGGACAUUUCUUAUUCAGUCCCGACAUUACUUUAAAAAGUGAAAAAAUUUAAACAUUUGUACAAUUUAAAAAAAUGACGACACUCAGGCCUUUUACAUGCAAUGAUUUGUUUAAAUUCAACAACGUGAAUCUGGAUCCACUCACAGAAACAUAUGGACUUUCAUUUUAUAUGCAUUACCUCGCACAUUGGCCUGAAUACAUUCAAGUGGCAGAAUCCCCAAGCGGUGAAAUCAUGGGUUACAUCAUGGGAAAGGCAGAAGGUCAUGGAGAAAAUUGGCACGGUCAUGUAACAGCUCUCACAGUUUCUCCUGACUACAGAAGAUUGGGUCUUGCCGCGAUGCUGAUGAAGUUCCUCGAGGAAGUAUCGGAAAAAAAACAGGCGUAUUUUGUGGAUCUCUUUGUUAGAGUGAGCAACAAAGUGGCCAUUGCAAUGUAUCAACAAUUAGGAUACAUUGUGUAUAGAACAGUAUUGGAAUAUUAUAACGGAGAUCCAGAUGAAGACGCAUACGAUAUGAGAAAAGCGCUGUCAAGAGAUGUAAAAAAGAAAUCUGUGAUUCCGUUGACGCAUCCUGUGAGGCCAGAAGAAGUGGACUAAAACAUUAAUAUUUUUGUGUGCAAUGGGAAAAGUAAAUAUCGAAUUGUUCAAUCUCUGCAAUGACAAAACAGACUGAAAAAUAAAUUAACACAUCUGUACAAACUAUAAAUCAAUGACUAAGAAGUAUAUGUUGGAUAUAUGAAUUUACAA